AUGUCUGAUUCAUCAUCAGAUGAGGAUGAAGGAGCGUCGAUGCAAUUGGUUGAGGAUCAAAAUGAGGACAUAACGUUCCAGAAAUUGGGUGUGGCGGAUGUUCUCUGUGAAGCAUGCGAUCGCUUAAAUUGGAAAAAACCUACGAAAGUGCAAAUUGCAGCUCUGCCACAUGCAUUUAAAAAACGUGAUAUAAUUGGUCUUGCUGAAACGGGAUCUGGUAAGACUGCUGCAUUUGCAAUACCGAUAUUGCAAGCUUUACUUGAAACUCCGCAGAAAUUAUUUGCUCUCGUGCUCACUCCAACCAGAGAGUUAGCUUUUCAAAUCGGCGAACAAUUUGAGGCGUUAGGUGCUGCAAUUGGAAUCCUCAUUGCUGUGAUUGUUGGUGGUGUAGAUACAGUAGCGCAGUCAUUAGCCCUUGCGAAACGCCCGCAUGUCAUAAUUGCUACACCUGGUCGAUUGGUGGAUCAUUUGGAAAACACGAAAGGUUUCAAUUUACGCGCACUGAAAUAUCUGGUGAUGGAUGAAGCCGAUCGCAUUUUGAAUAUGGAUUUUGAAGUAGAACUGGAGAAAAUUUUAAAAGUUAUCCCAAAAGAAAGAAGGACAUAUUUAUAUUCGGCUACAAUGACUAAAAAAGUAGCGAAACUAGAACGUGCUUCGCUCAAUGAUCCGGUCAGAAUAGAAGUCAGUUCGAAAUACCAAACUGUUGAUAAACUGAAGCAGCACUAUAUCUUCAUCCCAUAUAAAUACAAAGAAGCUUAUCUUGUUUAUAUAUUAAAUGAAAUGGCCGGACAGACAGCAAUAGUGUUUUGUUCCACAUGCGCAUCUGCUUUAAGAACAGCGUUAAUGUUGCGGAAGCUGGGUUUUGGAGCUGUUCCUUUACAUGGCCAAAUGAGUCAGGCAAAGCGAUUGGGUUCAUUGAACAAAUUCAAAAGUAAAACUUCCACAACUCUUGUUUGUACCGAUGUUGCAUCAAGAGGUCUUGACAUACCACAUGUUGAUGUGGUGCUAAAUUAUGAUGUUCCCAUACAGUCCAAGGAUUAUGUUCAUCGUGUUGGACGUACCGCUCGAGCUGGUCGAUCUGGUGUUGCUAUAACGUUCGUUACACAAUACGAUGUUGAGAUUUAUCAAAGGAUCGAACGUCUGAUUGGCAAAAAACUUCCACUCUUCGAAACGAUAGAAAAUGACGUAAUGUUACUCGUGGAAAGAGUUGAAGAAGCUCAGAAAUUGGCAAAACGGGAAAUGAAGGAGAUGGAAGAGAAAAAAGGUAGGAAAAGGAAAAAGUUUGAUGACGACGAUGAUGAUGAAGUGAACGAUGCAGAGGAAAAUAAUGCUUUUAGGAAAAAACUAAAGCGAAAGCAAAAAGGAACUCACAAUGGAAGAAGGAGAUUCUGA